AAAAUUAGAGAGAAAAUGGGAAGGAAAAAAGAAGAAGAAUAAUUGGUUUUGUCUAACCAAACACAUCCUGAGCAUCAAAAACAACAACCAGAGAUUGGUUUUGUCUAAUCCAUCACACCCCUUUUCCUAUCUUUCCUCAGUUGGGGAUGUUUUCAGAUUUCGAUCACUGAACCCCAAUUCUCUGAAGUUUCGAUCUUUUCAUCACUCAAAAUUAUACUAUUAAUGGAUGUUAUCUGGGUUCCGUACAUUAUUUGCCCAGAUCUUAAUAUUCUUUGACCUAGCUUUAACAGCCCCGAGUCUUUGUGGACCUCAGCAAAAAAACAAGAACAAAGGUUUACUGCACCUCCCCCAUUCUUUUCUGGUUGACAGCAAGCAUGGAUAGAUGAAAAGGAGUUUUACUCGUCUAGACAGGUAGUCUGUGGUUUCAUUUGUGUAUUGGUUUAGGGGGUGGCAGAUAAGGAUUUGGGGUGGAUGAGAUCCGCACUGGUUUGCUAACAAUUGAUUAUGCUGCUUAGACCUUUCAGAUUGAUGAAAGUUCUGUUUUGAGAGUGUUUCAAUCAGUAAAACAUUACGACCAGAAGAUCAUAUUUUCAAGUGAUGAUCAAACAAAUACUCAAUAGGCUCCCUAGAAAGCCUUCCAAGUCAGCAGAAAAUCGUGAUGGAGGAAGCUCUACAUCACCGUCAAAUGCUUCAACUAGUUCUAGAAGCAGUGAUUUGUCUACUGCGCAGUCAGGAAAUUCAAGUGCCACUACUGUUUCAGGAGUCACUUCUUCGACUCUGGGACCGAAUCAUGGAAAUAGGCUACUGCAGGCGGCAAAUGCUAAGGUGAAUGGAAGUGCAGUGUGUGAGACCUUGCCUAGUUUUAAAGAUGUACCAACUGCUGAAAAGCAAACAUUGUUCAUUAAAAAACUGAACUUGUGCUGUGUAUUAUUUGACUUUACUGACCCAACAAAACACUUGAAAGAAAAAGACAUCAAGCGGCAGACAUUAGUGGAGCUUGUUGAUUAUCUUAGUUCUGUGAAUGUAAAAUUCACAGAAACUGUCAUUCAAGAAAUAGUUAAAAUGGUAUCGUCAAAUCUGUUCAGGCCUCUUACUUCUCAACCUCGUGAAAACAAAGUAUUGGAAGCUUUUGACUUAGAAGAUGACGAACCCUUGAUGGAUCCUGCAUGGCCACAUCUGCAAAUUGUGUAUGAGUUCUUUCUCAGAUUUGUGGCAUCGCCGGAGACAGAUGCAAAAUUGUCUAAGCGAUACGUUGAUCACUCUUUUGUUCUAAGGUUAUUAGAUCUCUUUGAUUCAGAAGAUCCAAGAGAAAGGGAGUUCUUGAAGACGGUUCUGCACCGCAUAUAUGGAAAAUUCAUGGUGCACCGCCCUUUUAUUAGGAAAUCAAUCAACAAUAUAUUUUACCGGUUUAUCUUUGAAACUGAGAAGCAUAAUGGAAUAGCAGAACUUUUAGAAAUUUUGGGCAGUAUAAUCAAUGGAUUUGCACUUCCACUGAAGGAAGAGCACAAGUUGUUCCUUGUUCGAGCUCUUAUUCCACUUCAUAAACCAAAGUGCGUACACAUGUAUCAUCAGCAGUUAUCUUACUGCAUAACACAAUUUGUGGAGAAGGACUGCAAGCUCGCUGAUACUGUCAUAAGAGGUUUGUUGAAAUAUUGGCCUAUCACAAGCAGUUCCAAGGAAGUAGUGUUCUUAGGUGAGCUGGAGGAGGUUCUAGAAGCAACUCAGCCUCCAGAAUUCCAGCGUUGUAUGGUGCCUUUGUUUCAUCAGAUCAGUCGUUGUUUGAGCAGUUCGCACUUUCAGGUGGCUGAGAGGGCCUUGUUCCUAUGGAACAAUAAUCAUGUUGAGAACCUAAUCAAGCAAAAUCGUGAAGUUAUACUGCCGAUAAUCUUCCCUGCCUUGGAGAAGAAUGCUAGAGGUCACUGGAAUCAGGCGGUGCAAAACUUGACAUUAAAUGUCCGCAAGAUCUUCUCUGAUAUCGAUUCUGAACUCUUUGAAGAGUGUUUGCGGAAAUUCGAAGAAGACAAGGCCCAAGAAGAGGAGGUAAAGAGGAAACGUGAAAUUACUUGGAAACGGUUAGAGGAGCUUGCUGGAAUGAAAGCUGCAAGCAAUGAGGCAGUGCUAGUUUCUCAUAAGACAACGCCUCAUUCACCAUCUGGCUAGAGACUGAAUCUUUGUUACUGUUGCUUUUCCCUUGAUCAGCUGACCAGUACGCUAAUUGAGGAAGGAAACUGUGAAAAGGAGGUCACAUCUCCUCAUUUGUUCAUACACCACGACAUCCUGAAAUUUUUGAUUUCCCAGGUCUCACUUUAUGGUAACACAAAUCGAGUUGGAUACCAACUCUGUGCUAAUAUAGAGGCAAGGACUGUUCAUACGGAAUUGCGUAACUGGAGAACCUCAAGAUUUUAUAGUCUGCAGUUCAUGCGUGGCUCGUAUGAUGAGAUUAUAAAAGCAUCAUUCUUCAGGUAUACGCCUAAAGUUCCUUUUAGGGUGCUGCGCUUGAAUCUGUGUAUCGUCAAUAUAUAUGCUUUGACAUUGCAGCUUGGCAUGAAAGUAUCCCUGUAGAUAAUCUUGAGAAUGUUCAAAUUAAGUUG